AUGGAGACCCGUCAGGUGUCCAGGAGCCUUCGGCUGCGGCUGCUGCUGCUGCUGCUGCUGCUUGUGCCUUGGGGCACCCGCACUGCCUCAGGUGUUGCCCUGCCCCCCGCAGGGGUCUUCAGCCUCCACACCCCUGGCCGGGCCUCGGCGGGUCCAGCCACCCGCCUGUCGCGACGGAGCCUGGCGCUGGCGGACGACGCGGCCUUCCGGGAGCGCGCGCGGCUGCUGGCCGCCCUCGAGCGCCGCCACUGGCUGAACUCGUACCUGCACAAGCUGCGGGUGCUCGGCGCGCCCUAA